CUAGAACCUUCCCUCCGGCCAAAACUCGCCAGCGAGAGCCUCUUUCCGGCGAAGGCCACUUGGAUAAGCCUCCUGUUGCUGAUCUAUCCCCUCGGUUGGAAUUAAUUUUCAGCUUCCAUUCCGGUGACAGCUUUUUCUUCAAAAUUUUAAAUUCCGGCCAAAGCUUUCCAAUAAAUCUUGAUCCAGUCUCAUAGUUCUCGCUGAAAUCCCCCGGAGUACUACAUUGUGUUUAAAUUAGGGCACUGGCUUGGAAGUUUAGAGGUUUUUCUCGAAAGCCCUCCAUCCAACCAUGCUGAGCAUUAAUCCGGAUAUACAAGCCUGACAUUCUAUUUUUGAGUGAAACUAUGGUGGCACGAGAUAAGGCAGAGGCCAAUUUCAGAAGCUUGGGCUACUAAACUAUACUCGGGUGGUAGAUUCUGUUGGGCGUUAAAGAAGGUAAGGCAUUGGCGUGGAAGCCUGGUUUGAUGCUGCAAAAUUUCUUUUGUGACCAGACUUUUAUUGCCUGUGAUUUGAAAUCAGACCCCCCAGCAAUACAUGAAGAAUUCCGGGGAAUGCAGAAACCAGGGAGGAUUUAUGGAGGAGAUUUCUAUUACAGUACAUGCAGUUUAUCAAUGAAACUGGGGCUUGUGAUUUGGGGUAUGUUGGCUAUCCUUUCACUUGCCGUUAAAUUGGUUAGAAUUAUUUCAACAUGCCAAAGUCUAUCACUUGCCCACAACAGAAUCUGAUCAUUGUCCAAUUUUGUUAUGCUCUUCUGGGGAUAUGGGGAGCGGCCCUAAACCAUUCAUAUUUGAAGCUUUCUGGAUUGAGGAUCCUUAUGCCGCAGAAUUAUUGAACACUGUUGGGAUCAAUACAUUAGAGGGUCUUCCUCACUUCGCUUUUGCCAAAGGUUGAGGAAUCUGAAACAAAGACUGAGGAAGUGGAACUAUAAUUGUUUUGAAAAUAUUCUUACUAAUAAAUGAUGAGGAGGAUGAAGGGGAAAAAUGCUAAACUCAAGAUGUUACAGGGGAGGUUACAUGACUUAUAGGAGAAAGAAGAACUCCUUUGGCAUAUUAAGUCACAGGAGAAUUGGUUUGUUUCACGACAUCAAUGCAAGAUAUUUUCAUUUAUCGACUGUGAUUCGUAGGAGACAACAUCCCAUCAGUUUAAUUAAGGAUCAUGGAGGCAGAUGGCUUUCACCAAUAAAUGAGAUUUCAAGUUUCAUUGUACGCCAUUUUGAGGCGGUGUUUACUACUUCAAAUCCUACAACUCCAGAUUUGAUGUAUCAAUUUGUUAAGGAGGUGGUCACUGAACAAGAUAACCAGAUGUUUUGUGCUAUUCCUGAUAUGGCGGAGAUUUGGAACACUGUGAAGUCCAUUGAUCAAACUGAAUCUCCAAGUCCUGAUGGGUACCCUAAUCUGUUCUAUGUGAAAUACUGGGAAGUGGUUAAAAUGAUGUGGUAGAAGUGGUGCAAUUAUUCUUCCAUCCAGAAAUGAACUUUAACUUCAUUGUUCUUAUACCAAAGAAGCGUGGCCUGGAGGAGAUGAAGGAUCAUCGCCUGAUAAGUCUCUGCAACGUUAUCUAUAAGGCCAAGCAACAUGAUAUGAAACUAUCUGAGGUUACCGCGGUUGUUAAACUGGGUCUGCAAGCUAUUUGUGUUAAAAAGGCAAAACAAGGUGGGCUGCAACUGCCGGCAAUGGCAGUGAUAUGCCUACUCCUGCAUCCAGACCUGGCCACCUCUGCCCAGAAAGUCACUCUUGUUGUAGCAAUGAUGGUCUUCAAAUUUAAAAUCAAAGAAUAUUUGAAGAGGACCAUUGGCAAUUUGCGAGAUGAACAAACAGUGACAGUCAAGAAUCUCGGACACCGGUGGGGUGCUGGUCGAAUGUACUCCGACAAUCAAGUCAAGGGGGUCAAGAUGUCAUAAAAGGAGACCUGUAUAUAUUGAUAUAAUGUGAUGCUUAGUUGAUGAAAAUGCAAUGUGUUCUGUUUAAGGGGUUGAAGAAGAAGAGAGCUACGGUUUAGAAUCCAGAGAGAGAGAAGUAAAAGCUAAAAAGAUCCCUUCAAAAAGGGUUUUGCGUAACUGGAAAAGUGGAUUUUCAGGGAAUGUGUCUUAAGGUUGCAGGCUUGCAGCUUGCUAUCAAAAGGCAUGCGCGAGUCCCUAGACCAGCUUGGGAUAGAUACUGUCGGGGUUGAAGUCCGAAUGGUAUGCGAGCCUAUCGGGCAGGAGUCGAAGCAAUGGAUCGUAAGGGCGGAGGCCUAGCCCGACACGCUUGAUUCGACGCAGUAUAUGUAAAGCUUAAACUAGAUAGUCGUACCUGUUAGCUGGGCCGUAGGCAUUUUAGACGGGAUGAGCUUUUGGCCACUACAAUGUUCACUCAAAGGAAUACAUGAACUCCGUUUGAUAGAACGAUUAUGCUAGCUUAAAAAUUCUACCAAA